AUGCAGCUGACAGAGCAAUGGAAGGAGCGGCUCACAUCGUUCAUGAAGAAUCUAAGAGAGGCACAGCCAGUGUGAGAGGAUAUGGGGCAUACAGGCUGGCAUCGUCAAGUGGCGCCAACAUCAGGUACGCGGCGUAGAAAUGGCCAUUGGUGCAAUCUACUCAUAGAACUGACUGUAAAUCUGUCAUGACAGAGCUGUUGUCAUUGCUUUGACUUCAUAUAACUACACUGGGGGAAAAAAGUAUUUAGUCAGCCACCAAUUGUGCAAGUUCUCCCACUUAAAAAGAUGAGAGAGGCCUGUAAUUUUCAUCAUAGGUACACAUCAACUAUGACAGACAAAAUGAGAAAAAAAAUCACAUUGUAGGAUUUUUUAUGAAUUUAUUUGCAAAUUAUGGUGGAAAAAAAGUAUUUGGUCAAUAACAAAAGUUUCUCAAUACUUUGUUAUAUACCCUUUGUUGGCAAUGACACAGGUCAAACGUUUUCUGUAAGUCUUCACAAGUUUUUUUUUUUUUUUUUUUUUUUUUGGCCCAUUCCUCCAUGCAGAUCUCCUCUAGAGCAGUGAUGUUUUGGGGCUGUCGCUGGGCAACACGGACUUUCAACUCCCUCCAAAGAUUUUCUAUGGGGUUGAGAUCUGGAGACUGGCUAGGCCACUCCAGGACCUUGAAAUGCUUCUUACGAAGCCACUCCUUCGUUGCCCGGGCGGUGUGUUUGCGAUCAUUGUCAUGCUGAAAGACCCAGCCACAUUUAAUCUUCAAUGCCCUUGCUGAUGGAAGGAGGUUUUCACUCAAAAUCUCACGAUACAUGGCCGCAUUCAUUCUUUCCUUUACACAGAUCAGUCGUCCUGGUCCCUUUGCAGAAAAACAGCCCCAAAGCAUGAUGUUUCCACCCCCAUGCUUCACAGUAGGUAUGGUGUUCUUUGGAUGCAACUCAGCAUUCUUUGUCCUCCAAACACGAUGAGUUGAGUUUUUUACCAAAAAGUUAUAUUUUGGUUUCAUCUGACCAUAUGACAUUCUCCCAAUCCUCUUCUGGAUCAUCCAAAUGCACUCUAGCAAACUUCAGACGGGCCUGGACAUGUACUGGCUUAAGCAGGGGGACACGUCUGGCACUGCAGGAUUUGAGUCCCUGGCGGCGUAGUGUGUUACUGAUGGUAGGCUUUGUUACUUUGGUCCCAGCUCUCUGCAGGUCAUUCACUAGGUCCCCCCGUGUGGUUCUGGGAUUUUUGCUCACCGUUCUUGUGAUCAUUUUGACCCCACGGGGUGAGAUCUUGCGUGGAGCCCCAGAUCGAGGGAGAUUAUCAGUGGUCUUGUAUGUCUUCCAUUUCCUAAUAAUUGCUCCCACAGUUGAUUUCUUCAAACCAAGCUGCUUACCUAUUGCAGAUUCAGUCUUCCCAGCCUGGUGCAGGUCUACAAUUUUGUUUCUGGUGUCCUUUGACAGCUCUUUGGUCUUGGCCAUAGUGGAGUUUGGAGUGUGACUGUUUGAGGUUGUGGACAGGUGUCUUUUAUACUGAUAACAAGUUCAAACAGGUGCCAUUAAUACAGGUAACGAGUGGAGGACAGAGGAGCCUUUUAAAGAAGAAGUUACAGGUCUGUGAGAGCCAGAAAUCUUGCUUGUUUUUAGGUGAGCAAAUACUUAUUUUCCACCAUAAUUUGCAAAUAAAUUCGUUAAAAAUCCUACAAUGGGAUUUUCUGGAAUUUCUUUCUCUCAAUUUGUCUGUCAUAGCUGACGUGUACCUAUGAUGAAAAUUACAGGCCUCUCUCAUCUUUUUAAGUGGGAGAACUUGCACAAUUGGUGGCUGACUAAAUACUUUUUUUCCCCACUGUAUGUUGUUUUUUGUUGUAGGAGCCCGGAUCCAAAAUUUGAGAAAGUUUCAGAAGAACAGCUUUACACAAGCUUUGAAACAGUGGUCAAAUGUAAGAACGUUUUCUUUUGUUCCUGUUAGGGACAUUUCCUUUUAGGGACAUGUUUGAUGUUUUUGUAUGUGGAUCACUUACACAACCAUUAAGCACUAGUCAGGCAUUUUAGCACUGGGCUGGAACAAAAUCCUGCACACCCUGUACUCCCCAGGACCAGGAUUGAAGAACUCACUACCGAAACACCACAUACCACUGUAAGUGGCCAACUAACAUGCCCCCUCCCAUCCUCCAGGCAUUGACCAUUCAGUGUGAGCGCUAUGGAGGCGAGGACCUUCUCUCCUGCCAGGAGACCCUCAACAAGCUAGGCCAGUUGCAGGAUGCCUGGGUGGAGGUUGGCCUUUAGCUCUUCAGGAAACACCCAGGGGGCCAGGAGGCGAUGAGGGGACCUGGGCUGGACCGUGUCGGAGCUCCACAAGCAGCUGGGCAGGUGCAUUAAUGGCGAGAGCGGUGAGCAUUUGAACGGAAUGGCCCAUCGCCACAGAAAAGUUGACUUGAAUGGGGAUGCCUGUUCUAUAGAUUCUAUUUCUAUGGCGGUGAGAGAGACAGACAUAGUUUGGAGGGAAUAUACAGUGGAACUAUAUACAGGAAACUGUAGCACUAAGGUAGGAUUCUGGAGUGCUACAUACUGGGCUUGCAGGGUUUUGUUUCAUCCCAGCACGAACACCCCUGCUUCAACUAAUCUGAAGAACCCUGAUAAGCACUCCUGCCUGUCUCAUACCUCAUACCUGCAUUUAUCCCUUGCCAACGGUUCUCUGUCGCCCUUUCAGGAAUCCACAAGCAACUGAUGUGCCUGGUCGGGGUCAUGGAAUUCUGGGCCACCCGACUGAAGGCCCUGGUUGGCCACACCGAGGGGCUGCCCCACUGUGAUUGCCUGAAGCUGGAGAAGGCCCUGGGUAGCUGGAUAAUGCUGGCGAUGGAGAGCCUGCUGUACGUCCACAGCACCCAGCCUGAGAACGAGAGGGUCAAGCACAAACCGCACGUCCAGUGAAUUCUCUUGGCCCGCCUUUGUAGGCUUUUGACCAGGGCCUUGGUCAAAUGAUCUGUUGUGACAAAAAAUUUGACAUCAUAAUUACACUGUUGUUCGAUUUGGUGCCAGUCAUUUUUUUAAUUAAAAGAGAAGACGAGCGCUUGUGCCAGUGCAAAUUCCCAAAAAGUUUUGGCCCAAAUCUGAGUUUAUUGUGGCUAAGCUUUUUUUGUAAAAAAUGUGUGUCCAUUCCAGGAUCGAGAUUCUAGGAUGAUGUCUUCAACACUCUCCGGGAGUUCAUCUUGACCCAAGCCAACUUCUUUGACUGUGAGAACCGCAGGCUAUGUGAGGAGAUACUAGAGACUUACAGAGCUGUCCCUGGAUAGCACUUUCUUUACCUAUGCUAUUCUUUAUCUAUGCUAUUGGGAUGAGGGUACGUUUGAUUCUAUAGAUGUGUAGAAGAAUGGUGUAAUAUGCUAUGAUGAUGUCUAGUUAAAUUAAAAGGGGCACCACUUGUUUGUUUUUAGUCAACAAGGAGCUAUAAUUUAGCAACAAGGGAUAAAUACAAUUUAUCGUAUAAUUCUAUCUGAAGGCAAUUCAGUUCUUGAACGACAAGACAAAUUCAUAUCUCCGAGGAAGCUAAUACUUUAUAAACACACAAAGGAUUUAUUAGAAGGUCAUCAAGAUAAAGCAAUGAAUUCUACAGGAGGGAUGAAUCAACGAAAGAUUGGGCCCUGGUCAAAAGUAGUGCACUAUAAAGGGAAUAGAGUACCAUUUGGGACACAUCCUAUCUCCCUUACAUAAUGUCUAUGCCCUGUGUUUCUAGGUGAACUCCAUCCAAACGGCUCUGACUCGCUGGAUGGUGGACCUGCUCCUCCAGAUGGUCCCGGACCACUGUGACGACCAGGAGCAAGCCCUCCUACCGGGACCCAACACCACCGUCAUCAUGGAGGUUUCCCUGGAGCAACUAGAGAAGGACGCCAAGAACCUCUCCCAGAAACUGAACAACUUCUCCAAAUAUAUCACCAUGUAA